AUGGGCGUGAUCCGGAUCGUCAGCUUUUUCCUUGCCUCGCCCGCCUUAUUAUCAGAAAAUUCUGAUUUUCCUACCUCUUUUUCUCAGUUGGUGGCAAGUGAUAUAGGGGGUUUGAAUGGUUGGGAAACGGGUGCGGUUGACCGAGGAGGCAAGCUUGUUAGCCCCGUAGCACGGAGGGAAUCGGGGUAUAAGAUGGGUAUUCUCUUCAAGAAUAUAAAGAGUUCUGUAGCCAGUGUUGCCAGCCAAGUUUAA